GCAGCAUCUCAGUUGAGUGUAAUAAUGGCUCCGCUGCGGUCCGCUGUUGUGCUACUGUGCGGAAUUCUUUCCCUGGCAAGCAUUCGGGUGAAUUCGGCCGGUUCCCUGCAGAAGCUGAACUGCGAAACCAAACACCAGGUUUGCUAUUUGAAGGAUAUUUACGCCACCGAAGAAGACAGAUUCAAGGAUGUGCACAAUGGAAGUUUCAUGGAUUCGAUCGAAUUUGUCGAUUGCCAUAUUCACACUCUACCCAAGAUGCCUUUUGUGAAGAAGAUUACAGCUAGAGCACAACACCUGGAGAGAAUCGAUGACAGAACCUUCUCAACCGUGAAACAUCUAGAUGUGUCCCAUAACCGUCUAACAGAGUUCUCGGCGAGGGCCUUCGAAUGGCCGGCGGAACUGCAAACUCUGGUACUGAGCGGGAACAAUCUGCUGAAGGAUUUGAGUGUUGUGAGUAGACUAUCGGGACUGAUCGAUCUGAAAAUGAUGCAAAUGAAUCUGGAUCUGACUCUCGUCGACAAGGAAAUCUUCUCGAAAAUGAGUCGACUGAAACGAUUGAACUUAAGUGAUAACAACAUACAAUCAAUACCCGUAGGAAUUUUCAACAAAUUGGAAUCAUUAGAGAGCUUAGACCUUAGUCGGAAUUCCAUCUCCAGAGUUCACUCAGGUGCUUUCGUUGUUAACUUUCGGCCUAUUGAUUCCGAGCUAGAGACGUACCAUCAAUUUUCCAUCAAUUUGGCGAGUAAUAACAUUUCCAUCGUAGAGAAUGAUGCCUUUCUAGUUGUAGAUUCAGUGGAUUUUACGGAUAACAAACUGAUUGGAAUCGGUCAAUCGGCUUUCUCUAAUAAGUCCAACCUGGGAACGCUAAUCAUUUCGAAAAACAGGCAACUUAAGAACUUCAACUUCCUACAAAAUCUACCCACGCUUCACACUUUAAUCAUGUCUGAAAUGGACUUCACCUUCAGAGACAUUCCUCUGCAAAUAUUCAGCAAGCUGGAUCUGCUUACCACACUGGACCUGUCCCACAACAAUAUCGAUCAGAUUCCGAUCGGGGUCUUCGCCGAGCUGUCCUCUGUGAAUUUCGUCAAUCUUCGCCAUAACCGAAUAUGGACGAUCGAAUUCGGGACCUUCUCUAUCCGUAAGUACGACCUGAUCGACGAGAUCGAUUUGUCUUACAACCAGAUCGAGAACCUCAACUACCUGGUGUUUGUGCCACUUAAGUAUCUCCGAACGUUGCUCCUGCAUGGAAACAGCCUCAACUAUGUCAGUACGCAUCAACUAAAGCGAAACAAAAGUUUACAGAAUCUUGGCAUCCAGAAUAAUCCGGUCCGGUGUGAGGAUCUGAUCGAUCUGCUGGCUUCGUUCAAGCUGGUUCUCGACGAGAAUGGCUUCGCGGCAAACGUGACCAACGUGAAUGGUAUCAAAUGCAGUGCGUGAUUCAAAUUUGGCAGCGCACAUGCAUUGAACAGGGUGGUUUUAUUCUGUUCGCAUCUCUUCAAUUCUGAGGAUAUGACCUUUACCUAGUGAGUUUGCAUAGUUCCACAAUUUAUGUUGAUCGAAAACAAUCUCUGAACUCGGCACGAAUGACAAACGUAAAAAUAUAUCGUUGGAAGUAGGUACAAAUGAGAUACAAUAAAGUUUUUUAAGGAUA